AUUUUAUUGAAAAGGUAAUUCCUGUAAAUUUUUGUCAAAUUUUUUAAUCUUUUACCCCAAGGAAACGUCUGCCAACAUCGAAGGAGUCUACGCAAGUUUUCUUUUCAAUUUAAAAUUAGAUGAUCUUUGUUUUGAGAGCAGCUAUUGUCUACAGCUCCUUGUGGCGAACAUCCGUCAAAAUCUGCAAUUCAAAUUUUCUUCAAUUUGCUUUAAGCGGAGAAAAGAACAAGAAGUAUUUUCGCGUCAGCGACUCUUUCUCCGAACGGUCGUGUUUUCUUCCACGACGAUGCCGUGAAAAUGAAGGCAUUGGCAAGUUUGACCUUGAAAAGGCCUUGAAGAACAACGUUUUAAACCAUGUGGGGUCGCAUAAAAGAGAUAUUCUGUUAUUUCAGUCCUAAUGUUGGUAGUAGAGAAACUGAUCCCUCUUCAAGCGCGAGCUGGGUGAAUACGCUGUGUUUCUUUAUUUUCGGCACUCUCAGUUUUUUCAAUCAAGAAUUACUCUACACAGCCUCCGAAGAUAUCCUGAGCGGACGAAAACUUCCGACAGCUACAAUUCUAGUGUGUUUUGUAACCCCACUGAUGGUUACAAAAAUAUUCGCGCCAUGGUUUAUACAAAAGAUUCCUUACUUGGUGAAAGCUUCGUUCAUCGUUCUAUGUAUGACUUUCGGACUGGCUCUAAUCGUCUUCGUGGAAGAUAUACGAGCAAAACUUGUGGGAAUCGCUUUAAACGCCAUGGCUACAGGUGUUUCUGAAGUGGUAUUCCUCGCUUUGACUUCGUUUUAUCCACAGAUAGCCAUUAGUUCGUUCGUCGCUGGCACUGGUACGGCUUCGUUGAUUUCUCCUCUUUAUUACACAAGUCUGACCACAUGGGGUUGCGUCUCUCCCAAAACCGCCAUCAUGAUUACGAUCCCCUUGCCUGUGCUCAUCUUGGUCUUCUAUGCAGUAUUGGACAAGGAAUAUAUUGUGAGUGCUGCAUACACCAAGCCCACUGAACACGAAGCGGUAGAAUAUUCCAUGGUAGGAUCCACGAACCCAGACACGGAACAGACCCCGACAGUCCCCCAACGACAACCAUGUGGCGAGAAGCUGAGAAUCGGCGCAAGAAUCCUGCCUUUCAUAAUCCCUCUAUUUGUUAGUUUCUUUGCUGAGUACAUGUCUAACUCGUCCGUGGUGACAACAAUCGCCUUCCCGAAAUCGCAUAUUCAUCCGCGGGACCACUUCUUAUACUACUCUCUCUCCUACCGAAUCGGCAAGUUUAUCGGUAGGAGCUACCUGUUCGUGUUUGCAUGUCUCCCUCCAGAAGCCACUGACUUUCUGAAGUGUGAUCGGACCUGGAUUCUGGCAGCAUUGGAGAUGUUGCACUUGGUGUUCUUCCUUUUGGAGUCAUGGUACCAUUUUUUGCCAUACAUCUGGAUAAUGAUCUCCCUUUGCUCCACUCUUGGGCUCUUUGCCGGUAUGAUUGUCCUCCACUCACCCCAUGCCGUCGCGCGGUACACCACGCCCGAGGAGAGAGAGUUCGCCCUGGGACUGCUAACUGUGGGUAACGCAAUCGGGGGCUUCUUGGCGGGAUUAGUUGGCUUGUUCAUGGAACCGUAUCUUGAGAACGAGUGCAUCCAACAUUUCUCAGCCAGCAGAGAAUUCUGUUUUACGCGGAUGCGGAAUACUACAGGAUGGGACAGUAAUUUCCAUUGUUAGAUUUCAAAUUCAAAGAAAGGAAUACGUGUUGUUUUUCUUUUACGAAAUUAUGUAAAGAAAAGUUCAGUUGCAUGCGCUUCAAUUUACACCCAGCCUCGUUUACAGGAUUUGGCUAAAUAUGGCGAAAAGAUAAUGCUUAGCAUAUGU